GUUACUCUUUUACCAAUUCCACCAGCUCUAUCAUCCCCGGUUUACAUACUCCAGUACAGGGCGAUGUGCAACUGAACAGUAGAAUUGGAAGCCAGGACUACUCGGCAGCAAGAUAACUUGGUUAAAGAGGGAAGACCAAGGGAAACCUUUUCGUUCCUGUGUUGCCGCACACAAGAGCGGCACAUGGGUGAACUGCGUCGUUAUUAAUAAAGGGAAACUGGUACAGUAUCAAAACAUCAUCAAGCGGAGACCGUUGCUUGGUGCGGCUACAAAAUAGCAAGGAAUCAACGCAACCUGGAUCAAUAAAUCCGACGGAAAAUUAUAACGCAGCGAUAGCCAGUUUUAUUAUGGGACCAGUAUACCAGGACCCAUAGAGCAGGUUCUCAGCCCCCAUGCAUUAUUCGUGGUGUCCAUAGCAACCCCGGUUCCACCCUUGCAGCUCUCGGUGUCAGCGCCCCCCCCCCCCUCCCGCCCGGCUCCCUGACUGUGGCGCCCCCUGUGGCGGGAUGUCGGCGGCGCAGACGCGGAGCGACGGAGGCGAGCAGCGCUGGGGGUGCCUGGAGUCGCUGGGGCUGAGCCCCCGGGAGCUGGUGCUGGCCGAGGCCCUCCAGAUGGAGUACGACGCCCUGUCCCGCCUGAAACAGGACAAGAGCCCGUCCGGCAGGGCCGGGGGCCAGGGCGGGGGCGGGGGCGAUGGCGGGAAGGCCCCCGCGGGGGACGGGGGCGGCCAGAGGUCGGGCUCGGGGUCGGGUUCGGGGUCGGGUUCGGGUCCGAGCCCGUGCCCCCCCGUGAGGGACCUCCUCGGGGGCCUGUCAGGUUCGGACCCCUCCCUCAACCUGCAGCCGGGGGGGUCCAGCCCCUCCCACGCCGACCUGGAGCCCCCGAGCUACAGCAAGGAGCCGCUCUACAUCCUGAACAGCCCCGUCAAGAGCGACUACGAGAGGCCCAGCCUCCUGCUCCCCAAAAACCUCACCCCCCCCGACGACCCCCCGCCCGCCGUCCCGCCCCGCAACCCCCUGCCCCCCGACCCCGUCCCGGCCCGGCGGGGGGCGGCGCCCCGGGACGUGAACCUCUUCACGCCCGAGGCGGACCAGCCCAAACUGUCCGGCGGGGAGGCGCUGAACUACGAGAACCUGAACGAGUCCCUGGCCCGGCUCAACAGGGAGUGGCCCGGGCCGCGGGGUCGCCGGGGCAACGGGGACGGCUCGGGGAAGCCCGUGGCCCGCAGCAAGACCCUCCCCCCGCAGGUGCCCCCCCGCACCUACCUGCCCGUCCAGAAGAGCAACAAGAACCAGCGCCGGGUGUCAGCUGACCCGGUGUCCCUGGGGUCCCGGCUGAACGGAUUCGGGUACGAGCUCUUCCAGGUGUCUGAGGAGAGGGACGAGGAGGUGGCCGCCUUCUGCCACAUGCUGGACGUGCUGCGGUCGGCCUACCCGUGCGGCGACUUCUCCAGCAACGCGGGGCUGGUGUGGAGCCUGUGCCUGUCGCAGGACGAGCUGCAGCACGGCCUGGGCGUCGGCGUCAAGGUGACCGUCGUCAGCGACCACUUCCGAGACCCGCUCACCUUCACCUGCGACGGCUCGUCGACGGUGGACCUGCUGAUCUACCAGACCCUGUGCUACGCCCACGACGACCUGGACCUGAUCGACGUGGAGGACUACGUGCUCAAGGUGUGCGGCCAGGCCGAAUUCCUCAAGAACACCCAGACUCUGGCCAGCCUGGAGUACAUUCAGCAGUGCCUGAAGUUUGACUGCGAGAUCCGCCUCUUUCUGACCAAGAGGAGCUCAGUGUGCAGAGAGCUGGCGCGAAUGGAGGAAGAUGACGAGACUCCAUCCACGAUGAACCAGAGCAUUCUCCUGCAGGAGCGACCAAUCAAGCAGACCGUCACAAGGGAAGCUUUGACCCUCCUUCUGGACACUUUCCACAACGAAGCCGAGUCCUUUCUUCUGUCCGAGGUGGAGCUGCCGCUGCACGUGGAGCGGCUGGUCCAGUCCGUCAAGGCGCUCUGCAGCUCGCUGGCUGCCGUGGAAACGCCCGACGUCACCGCCGCCCUCAACCUGCUGCCCGCCUGCCCCUGCCGCCUGCAGCCCCGGGUCCAGAAGGACGCUUCAGUGCUGACAAGCCGAGAGUACAGAGAGAAUGUGGUGGAGAAGCUGACGGCCUCCAUCCUGGACCUGGUGGAGCUGUACUGCAGCACGUUCAACGCCAACUUUCACACCACCCCCCAGAGCAGCCGCCCCACGGCCCCCACCCAGGAGGCCGGCCAGGUCACCAACGUGCUGUCCUUCAGCGUCUACGCUGCUCACCGAAUCCCCAUCACCUGGGCUGCCAGCUACGAGGGCUUCUUCCUGUCCUGCUCGCUGACCCACGGCGGGGUGGAGCUCUGCGCCCCCCAGCACACCAGCAAGCAGUCCGUCAGCAAGUACCUGUUCCACCUGGUGGUGUGGGACCAGAGGAUCUGUUUCCCAGUGCAGAUUAACCAGUUGCCGCGGGAGACGCAGUUGACGGUGACCCUCUACGCCACACUGCUGCCUCCACCAGGGGGCGCCGAGGACAAGAGCAAGCAGCGGCGUAGCAUGGAGGCGCUCGGCUGGGUCACCAUGCCACUCUUCAACUUCAGACAUGUGCUCACGUGCGACAGGAAGCUGCUUGGGCUGUGGCCUUCGACCCCAGGAAGUGCUAACGCCCGCUCCAGCACCCCCAACUUCAGCCAGCCGGACAGCGUCAUUCUGCAGGUGGACUUCCCCACGUCCUCCUUCGAGGUGCGUUUCAGCACCCCCAUGCCCGCCGAAUUCAGCCCCCAGUACGAGUUCUCCCGCAUGGACCAGAACAGCCAGAGGCAGCUUCAGGACGUCCUGCACAAGAAGUCCCUCUUCUGGCUGACCCAGGAGGACCGGAGGCUGCUGUGGGAGAAGCGCUACUUCUGCCACGCGGAGAGCAGCGGGCUGCCCCUGGUGCUCGCCAGCGCCCCCAGCUGGGAGUGGGCCUGCCUGCCGGACAUCUACGCCCUGCUGCGCCAGUGGGCCUGCAUGAACCACCUGGACGCCCUGGGCCUGCUGCACGCCUCGUUCCCGGAUCAGGAGCUCAGACGCACUGCGGUGAAGUGGAUGGACUCCAUCUCGGACGCCGAGCUGCUGGACUUCCUGCCGCAGCUGGUGCAGGCGCUGAAGUACGAGUGCUACCUGGACAGCCCCCUGGUGCGCUUCCUGCUGCGCAGGGCCAUCGGCGACCUGCGGGUGGCGCACUACCUGUUCUGGCUGCUGAAGGACGCGCUGCAGGACUCCCAGUUCAGCGUGCGCUAUCAGUACCUGCUAGCCGCUCUGCUGUGCUGCUCCGGGCGUGGCCUGCGCGAGGAGUUCGACCGCCAGUGCUGGCUGGUCAGCAUCCUGGCCAAGGUGUCCCAGCGCGUACGGGACACGUCCCCCUCGUCCCGCCAGGCUGUCCUGCGGGAGGGGCUAGAGGAGGUGCGCCAGUUCUUCUCUGUCAGCAGCAGCUGUCGACUCCCACUGAACCCCGCCCUGCUAGUGCAGGGCAUCAAAAUACAGUCCUGCUCCUACUUCAACUCCAACGCUGUCCCGCUCAAGCUGUCCUUUCAGAACCUGGACCCGCUCGGGGACAACAUCAGCGUCAUCUUCAAGUCGGGAGACGACCUCCGGCAGGACAUGCUGACUCUGCAGAUCAUCCGCAUCAUGAACAAGAUCUGGAUCCAGGAGGGCCUGGACAUGAGGGUGGUCAACUUCCGCUGCUUUUCGACGGGGCGGGGGCGAGGCAUGGUGGAGAUGAUUCCCAACGCGGAGACCCUGCGGAAGAUCCAGGUGGAGCACGGAGUCACCGGCUCCUUCAAGGACCGGCCGCUGGCGGACUGGCUGCAGAAGCACAACCCCACCGAGGACGAGUACGAGAAGGCGGUGGAGAACUUCAUCUACUCCUGCGCAGGCUGUUGCGUGGCCACCUACAUCCUGGGCAUCUGCGACAGGCACAACGACAACAUCAUGCUGAAGACCAGCGGUCACAUGUUCCACAUCGACUUCGGCAAGUUCCUGGGCCACGCGCAGAUGUUCGGAAACAUCAAGCGGGACCGUGCGCCCUUUGUCUUCACCUCUGACAUGGCGUACGUCAUCAACGGGGGCGACAAGCCGUCCAGCCGAUUUCACGACUUCGUGGACCUGUGCUGUGAGGCCUACAACCUGAUCCGCAAACACACACACCUCUUCCUCAACCUGCUGGGCCUGAUGCUGUCCUGUGGGAUUCCGGAGCUGUCGGACCUGCAGGACCUGAAGUACGUGUACGACGCCCUGCGUCCCCACGAGUCAGAGGCCGACGCCACCAUGUACUUCACCAGGCUGAUCGAGUCCAGCCUGGGCAGCGUGGCCACCAAGCUCAACUUCUUCAUCCACAACCUGGCGCAGAUGAAGUUCGCGGCGGCAGAGGAGAGGCCCGUCCUGUCCUUCGCCCCGCGCGUCCACACGCUCAAGAGCGACGGGCCCAUCCGCAGCCUCUACGUCUGCCGCCACGUCAAGACCUACAGCCCCAGCAAGGGAUACACCUACAUAGUGAAGGUGGAGCGGGAUGGCCAACAGGGGGCGACGCUGGUCCAGAGGAGCUUCGAGGAGUUCCACGAGCUGCACGGCAAACUGCGGCUGGUCUUCCCCUCCUCCAAACUCCCCAGCUUCCCCAGCCGGUUUGUGAUUGGCCGGUCGCGGGGCGAGGCCAUGGCCGACCGCAGGAAAGACGAGCUGAACGGAUACGUCUGGCACCUGGUCCACGCAGCGCCCGAAGUGGCACAGUGCGAUCUCAUCUACACCUUUUUCCACCCCCUGCCGAGAGAUGAGAAGCCCGGGACGGUCGUCAACACCCUCCAGAAUAAACCAGCAGAGGUGUCCUGGGCUCCUGUUACGGGAAGAGUGGCGGGCGAGGUGAAGCUCUCCAUUUCCUACAAGAGCGAUAAGCUCUUCAUCAUGGUCAUGCACAUCCGCGGCCUGCAACCCCUGCAGGACGGCACGGACCCCGACCCCUACGUCAAACUGUACCUCCUCCCCGACCCUCAGAAGACCAGCAAGCGGAAGACCAAGGCGGCCAAACGCACCUGCAACCCCACCUACAACGAGAUGCUGGUGUAUGCCGGGAUUCCGCGGGGCGACCUGCAGCAGCGGGUGAUCCACCUGCGAGCGCUGAGCGAGGGUGCAUUCUGGGAAAACACCCUGCUGGGAGAGGUCUUCAUCCCCCUCAGGACCAUGACGCCCGGCCACCGCUGGGUCGACUGGCACCAGCUGGGCAUGGGGGGGCCCGAUGCCACCCGCUAGGGAGGGAAGGGAAGGGAGUGCAGAGACGGUUAGGUAGCGUGUGUGUGUGUGCGUGCGUGUGUGCGUGUGUGCAUGUGUGCGUGUGUGUGUGUGUGUGUGUGGUGUGUGUUUGCGUGUACGCGUACGGGUUUGCGUGUGUGUUUGCGUGCGUUUGCGGGUGUCUGUGUGUAUGUGCGUGUGUGUGUGCCUGCGUGCGGGUUUGCGUGUGUGUUUGCGUGCGUUUGCGGGUGUCUGUGUGCGUGUGCCUGUGUGCGUGUGUGUGUGUGUGUGUGUGUGCUUUUGCGUGUGUGUGUGUGUGUGUGUGUGUGUGUGUGUGUGCUUUUGCGGGUGUCUGUGUGUGCGUGUGCCUGUGUGUGUGUGUGUGUGUGUGCGUGUGCGUGUGCGUGUGUGUGCGUGUGCGCGUGUGUUUGCGUGUGUGUGCGUGUGUGUGCGUGUGCGCGUGCGCGUGUGCGUGCGCGUGCGCGUGCGUGUGUGUGCGUGUGCGUGUGUGUGUGUGUGUCGGGAGACGGAGGGGUCUCGCUGCUCGGAGCUGGGUUAUUCCCCCCAGUGGGGGCGUGGUCAUAAGUCUUCUUCCCAGGAGACGCUGAGACUCGGUGAUGGAGGGUCAUCACUGGAUACUGUAGAGGCGGGGCUAAUCACUGUCAGGCCAAUGACGGACAGCAGAGCCGGGAGCAGGGCGGGGCCUCUGACCGCUGGCAGGAGGGCCUGUACGCAGAACUUCAGUCGCUGAAGACGAGGACAAGGCCGGCUGCAGUGGAACAGGAGUGCCCAACCGAGCUGUGCCAUGCCAAACCAGGCCAGGCCAGGCCAGGCCAGGCCAGGCCAGGGUGAAGGCUCUGUCACAGACGCGCCUGUCUGUAGACGGGUCCGGAACACCGGAAAGGGUCCAAUGCGAAACCACUGCUGACUCGACGCGACAAGCCCCACAGGGACCUGAGAAGAACAAAGAGCUUCUUAAGUUAUUUCUCUUUAAUGGUAUCAUUCUGUAAUUGUGGCUCGAUUCGAGCUAUGUCUCGUCAUAUGGUAUAUAUGAUUUGUAUAUGUACCAGAUUUAUACAUAGAUUGUUGUAUGUGAAUAUUGUAUGGUCCAGUCAUUCAGAGCAGAGAGUGGGAUGGAAUGAAUGCUUUUGUACUGUAAUUUUCAAAAAAGCCCGUGAUUUUGGGCGUGCUCGAUCAUAAGUAUAUGAAUUUGGGAAACCAAGGGACAUUGUUCCCCAGGCAAACCGGCUUUCAUUGGCUCACGGCUCUCUUUGGUGUGUUUAUAGUGUAGUUCAUGUCCAUCUCCCUCCUCGUUGGGUGGCCUUUCUUUGAAGAUUCUAUGUUGAAUAAGUGUGUGAUGUUUAAAAAAAAAACAAACAAAAAAAAAAAAAAACAAUUUGUCAAAGCCACACAUAAUGUUACCUUGAUGUCUGAUUUCAAACAAGUGCCCACUUACCACACAAGUGUCCACAUAUGUCCAGAGUAAUAUUCAGAUAGCACUUCGAUUGCAUGCGUUGGAAUUUACUACUGGUUGAUUAUUGCACUUUUGGUCUUAGUUGUCAAGCAUUUUGAACUUACAUUUGAUUUAAAUAAGCUUCUUUUAAAGGAAAAAGGGAACUAUUUUUCUUCAGUAUAGAAACAGUCGAUGAACAAAUGAAGUGGAAUCUACUUCCUUCCUAAGCUUUGGUCCGUAGAGUAAGGGAAUGUCAUAAGGAAUCACAUUUUAGUAGGAGCUGAAUAUGAUUGUUUAUUCUUCAGGAAAGAAUGAAACUGUAAAAACCAGAUCAUUUUUUUGAACAUUUGAACAGUUUAGAUUUAUUCACAUUUAAGAAAUUUAGCAGACACUAUUAUCCGGAACAACUUCAUCAGAUUGCAUUCUUCCUCGUGCAAUCCGUUUAUAGAGCCGGAUAUUUAUUGAAGCGAUGGGAGGGUUAAGCACCUUGAUGACGGGGUGAAAUCUGUGGUGCCUGCCCUGGGAAUCGACGCUCUGCACUGCAGGAGCUGCGAGGGCAGUUCCCACCCUGAGCGGAUGACUUGGCGGGUUCAGUGCGUGUGGAACUCCUGGCGCCGGUCGCUCGUCUUUGCAUAGCGAUUUCCCUCUGCGCGAGACAGAAGGCCCAUUCUGGUGUGGCUCAGAGGCCUUGGCGCUGUUGUGAAAUAACUCUCCUAUUUUAAACGAAGGAGGGGUGUUCGGGGUGUCACGUAUGCACCCAGCCAAUAUUUAACGCGUUGCUCAGUGAGUGAAGUUGGAUUUCGGGCGAAACCGCUAAUUAGUUAAAUUAUUCAAUUCCAAUUGUUAUAUUAACCGUUACAUUGAAGGAAUAGUCAUUUCAAAAUUGCUUAGGACCACAUUAUAAGGCUCUUGGGUGCCAAGAUAUUUUCUCGUUCACAAGGUGCUAUGUUAGUGUAUUAUGUUGAAAAAAUAAAAUGAAAACGUUUUUUUUUAGACCUGUGUCCUAUAUGAUAGAUGAAACAUAGUUUUAAAAAGGCCGUAUUAAUUUUGGCCAUAGGUUACCAGUUGUCCUAUAUGAUAUUGAAGUAUAGUUGGUGGAAUUCACUAUUCUUAGAUAAUUAAAAGAAGAUAUUUUAACUGGGUGACCUUACUGGUGACGCAUUGGUUUUUAAACAUUCAUUUCUGUUGUCUGUUGUUAUCUCUUGCUUUCCGAAGCACAGCUCAUUUACGAGAGUUACUGCUGACUUCGGUCCCUUUCUGUUUGGCUUUUGGUGGGAGCAAAACCAAAUGCAAAACAAGUUGGUUCAUCUGGCAUGGUAUUAUAUGAACCCAGUAUGAGGUUACAGAUGUAGCAUUUGAAUUUCCACCUGUUUAACCCAACUGACAUGUUUAACAGCUUCCUGACACCUUUCUGCUUCCAAACUGAGUAUGCUAAGGCCUUUGGCCUUUGCACCCCCAGCUGUUCUAAUGGGAAAGUGACAUUAGGGAAUUAACCUUUUUUUUUUUUCUUGGGAGAAUUGAUUAUUCUUUUUUUUUUUUUCGGGUCGAUUGUUUAGUAUCACGUGGCCUUUCUAGGCCUCUCUAUUCAGUCGAAAUGCAGUGUACUUUGUCCUUAACUUGAGCUGAUAACGAAUUGCUCAGAGCAUGUGGAGGUUAGAUUGAACGUGGGGCCCUUGCUGUAUAGCUCAUAGAGAAGGGAGGUUGUCUCGGUUCCUGUGUGUUUUCACAAGUGGAAAAGAUUGUUUAAACUGUCAUAAACUGACAUGCCCAGUUGAGGGCAUUGGCAUGAAUCUUUAAUAUUCAGCUGGCCCACAUCGGCCAGAGGAAUUCUGGGUAAAGGUUGGCCUUUUUUUGCAGUGGUCCCAAGGAUGUGGAUUCUUCCUCAGUGGCAUAAGCCCCGCCCAACAAUGAAAAUGGGACAGAAUGUAAGUUCAAAAUGAACGGGACUCAGUGUGUUGUACAUAUUGAUAAUUUCAUGAUUGUGACCAUUAAAAUUCAUCAUAGUUUCAUCCCACAGUUUUUUUUUUUUUUUUUUAGAUUUUAUGGACUUAAAUAAGAAGUGUAUUGUGUUCCUUAUCAUUUGAAUCUAUUUGCUCAUGUUUUGUAAUAUUAUUUGCACUAAAUAAUGAUUUAAAAAAAUAAACUUGAAUUUCAAAGACA